GCGUUUUAUAAAUAUCUCGUUUCUGUGAGUGUAACAAGGGGACGGCAUUUGUGAUCAACUAAAUACUAUAUACAAAGUUGAUGAGAAAAAAGUAAAAUCAGUCCUCACAAAGCCACUUUAAUGUGAACAUCUCGAUUUUGUACGGCAAAGAGCAGUGAAAUAAUUCUGACAUUUUCCACAUUUAUAUUUUCACUAUCUCAUUUGCCACUUAUCAGCCGUGACAUGGGGUGAAAUUGAGGCGAGAGCUUUUUAUAUUUAUAUGUAAAUCUCUUGUAUGUGCUUAAAGGAUUUUUUUUACCACGUGUGUGACGUUGAGUGAUUAAAUUUAAAAAGAAAUAAAGACAAGACAACAGAAAAGUGGGAAAAUUGUAUUAGAUUUUUUCUUAAUUUGUAAAAUAUUUUUCCACCCAACUUGGUAGCGAUAUUGUCUUUUGGUCUGAAGAAGAUAUAAAGAUCGGAGUGCUCCAGAGAUUAUACUCACAGCAGUGCUAUAUACCGUGUUGAACAAUAAAUUAAGUGAAAUUUACAGCCAUCAUAACAUUUAAUGAGUGUUUAAGUGUAUAUUUGAUCAAGAAAUCGUAUUAUCAGCCAAAUUGUCACAGUUUCUGUAAAUAGGCGUAUAAUACUGCAAUUUUCGAGGAUAGAGGUUCUUCAUUGUAAGCGAUAAACAUACGGAUUUAGUCACAGAAAGCCAUCCACGUAGAUCGCGCUCAUAACGUUUUGGACUCUCUAACUCACUCCCCCGCUUUCAACGAGCUUUCUUGUACUUAAUUCAAUUUAAAAAAAAAAGUAAAAUUGAAGAAGAAAAUCAGGUACUGAGUGUUAUGCACUGAGCAUAAUGGAAAGGAAUGAUUCGCGAGAGGAGGAAUCCCUUCGGCCUUUGCAAGAUGGAUUCACGCUUAAAUUCCCAACGAAUUGGCGCAAAACUAAAUCAUGGUCUGGACCACGAAAAGUCAUCCGGUUGCUUAUUCUUGGAAUUCUCGUGCCUGGAAUACUAAUCUCCGUUCCCAUAUAUUUAAGGUAUCGAGUAUAUGAUGCUCAACUGUAUCCACUAGGAAUUUCCGAUAUGCGACUGAUUGACAGCAAAGUCUCAACAACGUGGUGCCAGAGACAAAUUGUAAAGGCCAACAUAUCCUUCAAUGCAUUUCUUAUGCCAAAUUUACCAACAAUCUCCAAAGAACGUCUACCCGUCCACAUGACCCGGCAUCUCCUACUCGAUGAUGACAUGAAAGAAUAUUGGGGAUUUUAUCUUCUAAAAGGAUCCACUGUUACAGUUUCCAGUUGUUCGAGAUGGCCCGGAGCAUCACUUAUUCUAAUUAGAGGUCAUAGGCAUCUCCAUGAGUGCGCCUAUAUUGGUGAUGAUUCGUCUGAAGAGGAGGAUGAACUUCGAGAAAUUGAAUUGGAGAAAGAAAAGAAGGAAAAAGAAGCCGAAGAUGGGCAAUCAAACCGCGUGGACUUGUUAAAACGAUCAAAGCCUGAGAUCGCAUUCUUAGACCCCGUGGCACAAGAAAAUGCCAAUAAACAGGUACAAAAAGGCAAUAGAAAGGCAUCUCCGGAGACAGUUGAAGAUUCCGAUAUCACAGCAAAAGAAAUGAAAGAAUUGUUGAGUCAACUUGUCUCCAAGUCUGAAAAGGCCAAAGCCAGCAAGGCAACAGAAAACAUUCGAUCGCCCGAAAAUAGAAAGAACAACGAAGAUUUGGAGAGAAUUUCUGCAAACAGAGAAAUCAUGGAUCGCGCUCAAAUGGCCAAUGAAAGAGAAAAAGAAAUAUAUCAAAGCCAUUUAUCAGGAGUGAAUGAAGAAAAAGUCCAGACAUCAUCGGAGGUGUUUGAUGAAUUGCUUCACAAACUCCGAAAUAUGGGCAUGCGGGGACGGAAGAUUCUGCGGGAGCUCCAGACGGAAUUGAUUGAAAAAGUUGGUGAUCAAGUAUCAACGAGUGAUAUCAAAUUGGCCUUCAGCGGCCCUAGAGGCAGCAAGGUCACGGUCAAUAAAUCAAAUGGAACCCACGAGGAGGAAUUUGAGAAGCUUCUCAGAAGACGUCGUGAUAUCAUCUUCAGGGCGGCAUUUGGGGAUGAUCUCUCGCAAGAUGACGAGGAGAAGAAUUCCGCCAUGGAAGAGGGUUUUGUCCCAGAUGGGCAUGCAGACCACCAUUUCAUCCUGAAUGAGACUACUCUCAAUGAUAAAUCAAAUUCGGAAUUUUGGUCUUCAUUCUCAUCGAGUGAGGAAGCUCUGCUCAAUUGUGCUGGAUUGAUCUUAAGUCUACCUCUGACCCCACAUCGUGAUUGCGAUAGAAGAAAAUCUGAGGAUAAAUUAAAUAGGGCCAGCUAUGCCAAUACCAUCACCUACACAGUUCCUCGGACAGGGUACUACUUCUUCGUUUAUAGCAGUGAAAAUGAAGUUCAAACCAACUACAUUCGCGUUGGUUUUGAACUCCACAAAGUCGUGUACAACGUCACCCAACCGAUGGCAGUUUGCAAUCAAACAACCGAACAAUGUUCCCUCCCACUGGAUUUCCUGAGCAAUGAAAAAGUCGUCCUGGAAUUGCCAUUAAAGGAUAAAUCCGCUCCGACGAAUGAAGAGUACGUUUUUGUGUCUGAAUGUGAACCAAGAACAGCAAUUUACCUUCUCUGUGUCCUUUCCGUGCCCUUCUUCAUCCUCCUCUUUGCUUUCCAGUAAAAUUUGACUCGCUUUUUUUGCUCAAGAUUCUGUACCUGAAUUUAUGUACUAAUCAACUUAUCCCAAAUCCAGACUAAAACCGAUUUUACCGACUUUACGUUACAACAAAUAAAAAUCUUCCACACAGUUCAUUCUUAAAUAAAUCAAAAAGUCUUUAAUGAACUUGUUGAAGUGAACUGUAAACUGUGAAAUAGACAUAACUACCUAUAUUUUAAUAAAAAUGUGAUUAAUAUUUUAUUAAGAGUUAACUUUAAGGAUUUUUUCGUUUUUGAUUAAAAAUUAAAAUUAUGUUGAAGAAAAAUGAUUUUUUUAUGUUUAAAAUUAUAUUCUAAAAAGUUUUGUUUUGUUUCAAAAAAAAAAAACAUUAAAGGGUCGGAUUUAAAUAACCGUCCUGCCCUCAUAGCUACCCUCCAAAACGUAUGACUAAUUUUUAGUUCAAAUUUAAAAUUUAUUCAAAUCGGAUCCGUUAGAAUUCAGGUUCUAGAUUAUUAUACAUAUUAUAGAUUUUUUAAACAUUGACUAUACAGGAACAAAAAAAUUAGACAUAAUAAAAAAUAGAAAUAAAUACUUGUCCGAUUUAGAUAAGUUUUCAUUCAGUUUGUUUAAAAAUUUGGAUUUAUUCAAAUCGGUUAGUCAGUUUCAUUUUUUUACGUUUAUUUUUUCAGGAAAGGUUGUUUAAAAUUCAAUCAAAAUCGGUUAAAUAAAACAAAUUUAUCAUCAAAUUCCUGAUUUAAAACGUUUUUAGGGUAGUGUAUGAAGAGUUUUUGUGUUUCUAGGUGUUUAAAUAAAACAGUUAUAUAAGAUAAAUUACUUACAAAUAAACCAAUAUUUUUACCAACAAAACUAACGAGAAUUUUCCAAGGAGAAAAGCCGUGCAAGUAAGUUCUAUGUUGAGAGAACUUUAAGCAAAUAUUGAUAAAUCUUAUCGUGAUACAGCUUCGCCAAGUUUAUUAGUUCAAUUUUUUCCCUUGAGAAAAUUUAAUAAAACGGAACUUGUUGUCACCCAAAAUCAUAAAAUCAUAAAGCUAAUCAAAUAUUUGAGACAGUUAUCGUUCUAGUUUUAGUUUAAGUGAAAGAAUCUUGAGCAUACAAAGUUUAAACAACAAAAAAUAUGGCUGUAAUUUCUAUAAUAUUCUCAAGUUUUAUUAAUUUGAAUUAUAAGAGUUCUUACGAAAUGUAUGUAAAUAUGAUUUUCCAGAAAAGUUUUUUGUGGUAAUUUUUUGAAAAUUUAAUAUUUUGAAAAAAACAAAUAUCAAAAUAAUCUGGAAUAUUCUUUAUAAAUUGUUUAAAAAAACAAAAUUAUUUCUUAUUUUACAAUAUUCGUACAUUUAAUAAAAGAUUUUUUUUAUGUUAAAAUCAAAAUGAAGGCGGAGCAUCUUUCAAAUGCAAAGUUUUCUUUUUUUCAACAAGUUGAUUUUUUUAGAAUAAGAAAAUUCAGACAGUGCUAAAAAAAUUUAAGAAUAAUCUUAUCAUUUGAAUGUGCUGUAAGACUACAAAAUAGCAUCACAAAAGACUGGUAUUUGUUACAAAAAGAGUUGUGAAUAAAGUUUAUUUUACUAAAAAAAAUAA